CCUCUUAGCGCGUGCACGCGCGUUCAGUGCCUCAUUGCGUAUUGAUGAAGAGGUUGAAGAUGAAAGUCGCGUGAGCAAGGACCGAGCUAGGUGAUGAUGAUGAUGACGAUGACGUCCUGAUGUUUGCAUCGUGGCGCGGGAAACUGAUAGUCUUCAUCACUCUUCAUCUCGCUUGAACUUUUAUUUUUUUUUGGGACGUGGUGAAUUGGUGCCAACUUUGUCGCGUGUUCUCCAUGACGCUGACUGCCGCUGUGGGGACUUUUUGACGUCAUGUGGACCCUGACCGAGGACGAGAGAGUGGGAGUGGUGGUGUGCAGUUUCAGAAGUUGUUUCCCGCACUCGCUGACCUUGGAGCUCGGAGAGACCGUUCACAUCCUGGAGAAAUGUGAAGGAUGGUUCAGAGGUUUCUCCCUCAGGAGAUCAGAUAUCAAAGGUGUUUUCCCAUCAUGUUACAUUCAUGUGAAGAAAUGUACUGUCACCAGUAAAGGGUCCAAGGAGACGGUAGUACCUGUGGAAGAUGUGCUUGUUACUGAGGUGACAUCCACGCUGCAGGAAUGGGCGUGUCUGUGGAAACAACUCUAUGUGCGACAUAAAGUGGAAUUAUUCUUCAAACUGGGUCAUGUGAUGUCGGAGCUGAUUGACUUGAGGAGACAGCUGCUGUCGGGUCAGCUGACACAUGAUCAGAACCGAGACAUCAAAAGACAUGUGACUGCCAGACUGGACUGGGGAAAUGAAAAUUUGGGUUUGGACUUGGUUCCAAGAAAAGAUUUUGCGAUGGUGGAUGAAGAUCAGAUCAGCGUCUCUGAUCUUUACAAGAUGCACGUGAGCAGCAGACACAACGCCCAACACAACUCUUCACAGGCUGAGCCCAGCAGUCAUCAGAAACCCGGCGGCGGCGACGCCUGCAAAGCUCCAGUGGCUCAUCACCUGCUGCUCCACCUGAAGAGCUUCACAUCCAACAACAUCGGAGAAGACACCGACAUCUUCUUCUCGCUCUACGACUGCCGAGAAGGAAAAAGCAUCAGUGAAAAGUUUCUGGUCAGGCUCAACAAAAAUGGAGGAGCAAAGAAUCAUGAGAAGGCGGAAAGACUGAGCGCCCUCUUCACGGACUUGAGCAACAAAGACAUGAAGAGAGAUCUGUACAUCAUCUCACAGGUGAUCCGAACAGGGCGGAUGUUGCUGAAUGACAGUAAAAAAGGUCCGGCACACGUACGAUACCGACGACCUUACGGCUGCGCCGUCCUCGCCAUGAGCGACGUCCUGCAAACGAUCUCGGAACUCCGAGAGGAAAAAGACUUUGUUCUCAAAGUCUACAUGUGUAACAACGAGAACGAAUGGUACCAAAUCCAUGAAAACAUCAUCCGCAAAUCCAGUACCAAAUACUCGGCGCCCGGAAACAACUACGGUCUGAUCAUCUCAUUGCAGUUGUUGCGAGGCGACUUGGAGGAUCUCCGGCGGGAAAAGAAAGCGGUGUUGAGCGGAGGCGUGGCCAUGACGCGCAAGCUGGGCUUCCCUGACGUCAUCAUGCCAGGUGACGUGCGCAACGACUUGUACUUGACGCUGGAGCGAGGCGACUUUGAGAGAGGAGGAAAAAGCGUUCAGAAGAACAUUGAAGUUGGUGUUUUUGUGCUCAGCGCCGAUGGAGAACUUGUGAAGGACUGCGUUAGUCUGGGUUGUGGCGAGCCCAACAUGGCGGCGCAUCGCUCCUUCGUGCUCUACCACAACAACAGCCCUCGAUGGAGCGAGGCCAUCAAGCUGCCCAUCCCCAUCGACCGAUUCCGAGGCUCCCACCUCCGCUUCGAGUUCAGGCAUUGUUCCACCAAGGACAAAGGAGAAAAGAAACUCUUCGGCUUUUCCUUCACGCCGCUCAUGAGGGACGACGGGACCACGCUGUCCGACCAGAGCCACGAACUCUUUGUCUACAAGUGUGACGACAACACAACGUUCAGUCACCCCGCCCACUACUUGGGCCUCCCCUGCUGCAAAGACCACAUGAACCUCAGUCCUGGUGUUGGGACCAGCCUCCUCUUCCAGCGCAGCACCAGGGAGACCUUCUGGAUCUCCACCCAGCUCUCGUCCACCAAGCUCACCCAGAACGUGGACCUGCUGGCUCUGCUCAAAUGGAAAGCACAUCCGGACCGGGUCUCCGACAUCCUUGGCCGCCUGCGACACAUCAGUGGAGAGGAAAUAGUCAAGUUUCUUCAAGACAUUCUGGACACAUUGUUCUCCAUUCUGGACGACAACACAGACAAAUAUGGACCUCUGGUCUUCCAGUCUUUGGUUUUCAUCAUCAACCUGCUCAGGGACAGCAAAUAUUUCCACUUCAGACCUGUCAUGGACACGUACAUCCAUAAACACUUUGCUGGUGCUUUGGCCUACAAGGAGCUGAUCCGAUGUCUAAAGUGGUCAAUGGAGCGUUCUGUUGAGGCGGUCCGACAAGAUCACACCCAGGAAGUCAUGAGGGCUCUGGAGUAUCUGAUCAAGUUCAUCGUUCAGUCUCGGGUUCUGUACUCUCGUGCCACCUGUGGCUUGGAGGAGGAACAGUUCCGGAGCAGCAUCCAGGAACUCUUCCACUCCAUCCGUUUGGUUCUCAGCCUGGACCGACCUACUUGUGAGACCCUCAUCUUCACACAGGGUCCCCAACCUGGCCAAGGUCCAAGUCAGGCUCCAACCCCUCCCCCAGGCCAGGUUCCUGGUGGCGUGCAAGUCACCUGUGCUCAGGUGUUGAGCGCCAACACUCUGCGGCCACCGCCUUUGUCAGCCGCGCUCUUCAACUCUUUCCCGAGCAUCUUUGACCAGCUGCUGCACAUGUUUGCCGUCCAAGAAGUAGCAGAGUUUGUGCGCGGCACGUUGGCAAGCGUGCCGUCCACGCUGCACGUGGGACACGCCAUGGACGCCGUCAAGCUGCAGUUCAUCGCUCGCACCGUAGACAGCAGGCUCUUUUCUUUCCCAGAGUCUCGAAGGAUCCUACUUCCUGUGGUUCUUCAUCACAUUCAUCUUCAUCUCAGGCAUCAGAAAGAACUUCUCAUGUGCUGUGGAAUUCUCACUUCUCUCUUCUCUGUCGUCCAGACCACCUCCCUGGAUGCAUCAGUGCAGGAAGAGGUGGAGAUGAUGGUGGAGUCGCUGCUGGACGUCCUCCUGCAGACGCUGCUGUCAGUCAUGAGCAAGGGCCAAUCACAGGAGGCGGUAAGAGGCCAACGCUGUCCUCAGUGCACCGCCGAGAUCACUGGGGAGUUUGUGUCCUGCUUGCUGUCCCUCCUCCGUCACAUGACCAACGUCCACUUUGAACACCUGAUGGAGAACUAUCAGAGCAAAGAGGAGCUGAAGGAGUUCAUGAUGAAGAUUUGGUGCGUGUUCCGGAAUCUGAUGAGGCUGAGUAUUUUCCCACGGGACUGGAACGUCAUGAGGCUCCUGACCAGCCACAUCAUCCUGACCACGGUGCAGCACCUCUCACCCUUUCAGCACAACUUUGCAGAAGAUGACUUUGACUUUAAGGUGUGGAAUUCUUACUUCAGUCUGGCAGUUUUAUACAUCAACCAGCCCAGCUUACAGCUGGAAAACAUGAUUCCAUCAAAGAGGAAGAAGAUCCUAGACAAAUAUGGAGACAUGAGAGUGAUGAUGACAUACCAACUCUUCAACAUGUGGCAGAACCUGGGUGACAACAAAAUACAUUUCAUCCCUGGAAUGAUUGGUCCAUUCUUGGGAGUGACACUCGUCCCUCAGGCAGAAGUCCGAAAUAUCAUGAUCCCAAUCUUCCACGACAUGAUGGACUGGGAACAACGCAAGCACGGACAUUUCAAACAGGUGGAGGCCGAGCUGAUUGACAAGCUGGACAGUUUGGUUUCAGAGGGCAAAGGCGACGAGAACUACAGAGAACUCUUCAGUUUGCUAACUCAGCUGUUUGGGCCAUACCCCAGUCUGUUGGAGAAGGUUGAGCAUGAAACGUGGCGAGAGACCGGCAUCUCCUUUGUUACAUCAGUCACUCGACUGAUGGAACGACUUCUGGACUACAGGGAUUGCAUGAAAGGAGAUGAGACGGAGAAUAAGAAGAUCGGCUGCACCGUCAAUAUCUUGAACUUUUACAAAUCUGAGAUCAACAAGGAGGAGAUGUACGUCCGCUACGUCCACAAACUGUGUGACAUGCAUCUGCAGGCAGACAACUACACUGAGGCAGCGUUCACGCUUUUGUUGUACUGGGAGUUACUGCACUGGGAUGAGCGGCCAAUGAAAGACUUCCUGCAUUAUCCCGCUCAGUCUGAGUGGCACCGCAAGGAGGCGCUCGGCCGCAAGGUCAUCCACUAUUUCAACAAAGGAAAGUGUUGGGAGUUUGGGAUUCCUCUCUGCAGGGAGCUGGCUUUCCAGUAUGAAUCCUUGUACGACUACCAGAGCCUCAGCUGGAUUCGGAAAUUGGAGGCAGCGUAUUUUGAUAAUAUCAUGGAGCAUCAACGUCUGGAACCUGAAUUCUUCAGGGUGGGAUUCUAUGGCAGGAAGUUCCCCUUCUUCCUCAGAAACAAAGAGUUUGUGUGUCGUGGUCAUGACUAUGAACGCCUUGAGGCCUUCCAGCAGAGGAUGCUGGGGGAGUUCCCACAGGCCAUCGCCAUGCAGCACCCAAAGCCUCCUGAGGAAGCCAUCCUGCAGUGUGACGCUCAGUACCUCCAAAUUUAUGCAGUAACGCCAGUUCCUGAAGCUGUUGGCGUCCUCCAGUUGGAUCGAGUCCCCGACCGGAUCAAAAGCUUUUACCGGGUCAACAAUGUUCGCCGCUUCCGUCACGAUCGACCUUUCCAUAAAGGGCCGAAAGACCGAGAGAAUGAGUUCAAGAGCCUUUGGAUCGAGAGGACAACGCUGGUGCUUGCCCAUCCUUUGCCUGGAAUUUCUCGCUGGUUUGAGGUGGAGAAGAGAGAGUUGGUGGAGGUGAGUCCGCUAGAAAAUGCUAUCUGUGUGGUGGAGAACAAGAACCAGGAGCUGCGGACUUUGUUCAGCCAGUACCAACACAAACAACUACACAACAACGUCAACCUUCUCAGCAUGACCCUCAACGGGGUCAUCGACGCUGCCGUGAAUGGCGGCAUAGCCAGAUACCAGGAGGCUUUCUUUGACAAAGAUUACAUCAGCAGCCACCCCGAGGACAGCGAGAAGAUCACCCAGCUGAAAAAUGUCAUGCAGGAGCAGGUUCACAUCCUUGGAACCGGCCUGGCUGUGCACGAGAAUCUGGUGCACCCAGAAAUGCGUCCCCUGCACAAGAAGCUGAUAGAUCAGUUCCAGGUGUUGAGGAACAGCCUCUGUCACGGUCCAUGUGCUUUAGACAGAGCAAAUCCCCCCAAAGGGAUUGUGGCCACUCACGGUCUUGUGAGUCCUGAGAGAUUCAAAGUACACCGACACAGCGAGAUGGCAAAUGUUGGAAAUCUUUUCAUUCUGGCCGACGGCAUGCUGGCUGAGCAGCGCGAGGACUUCUACGCCAUUCAGGCAAGCCACUCCUCCUCAAGCCUUAGCUCCACCCAUUCGGCACCCUCGCAAUUAAUCAACUCGUCUCUGCCAGCAAUCAAAGAGCCAAGCAGAACCAACAGAGACAUUUUGAUGCUGUUGCCGCCACAGCGAGACCAGCCCAGCGGUAUCAUGUAUCAGCAGCGAGCAUUUUUCCAUCAGGUGAUCAGUCCAGGUUGCAAACCCUGCAGCGACCCCAACCUGUCCUUCACUGACAAAGUUCUGAGCACCCCCAGUAGUUGGAGUUUGGACAGUGGAACCAGAGAUGCUGUGCCCGUGGUGUCCGCCCACAUUGGCAGCAUCAUGGCGCCUCCUGUUCCCCCGCGCAAUGUACCACAUGGCCAACACCUGUCAAUGCACUUUGAUGCUUUCCACCACCAACUCAGUGACCUCCCUCCUGCCCUUCCUGCGCGCUCCCUAAGAAAGUAUCCCCUGCAACCUUCACCUGCCUCGCCCACCAGUCCAGCAUCCAACCUGGAUGGAAGUAACUCCACCUUGUCAGGCAGCAUCAGCUCAGGAGUCUUCACGCUAAGCGAAAGUAACUUAAGUGACCCCCCUUCUGGACGCACAGACACCCUGGAGUCUGUCUCCAGCAGCCGGGCCUGGACAAGUGAGCAGGAAGAUUUCGACUCACCUUACUGGCUCAUCAGGUACGACGUCUCAGCGUUAGAAAUUCCAGACACAGUCAACGCUGAGCCUUGUCGAAGCCAGUCCUCUUAUGGGACCACCGUACCCCAGUCUCAGGGGUUCAGGACCCACAGAAGUUGUGCACAACCACAGCCCAGAGACCACCAAGAUCUCCAUUCCAAUCCCCAUCACGUCCCCACCCACUUGCCUCUCGGCUCCCUGCGUGAGCCCCCUCCUGCCCUGUCACACCUCAGAGAGGGGCUUGUACCUGGGGAGAACCCCUUCAACAGCCCGUCUGCACAAGCAGCACCUCCACACGGGCCGGGCAACAACUCCCAUCCUCCACUUGCUGCCACUAAGGAGGAGCAGGCCAAGGUGGCGUGGGGGCAUGGCAUCAGCGAGGAAUGAGAUGUUAUUUCAAUCGACAGCAUUUCCACACGGGUUCACAUCAAAUCGAUUGCUGUACAGGUCCUGCUCCACUCAACGUAGCACUGAGGACUUAAAGGAACUUGCAUUAGUGAACACACGGACGUCAUCUCAUUCUCCUCAUACAAAGUUACAUCGUCUUUUUUUUACCAGCACCUCAUUUACUCCUCACCAGCAACUUAACCACUGAAGUCACUUUUGACAUCUUUGUAGGAGGCAACACGAGCUGUUGCUUGAUUUCCUGAUACUGAGCACAGGAUGUGAUGUAUGCAACUUCAUUCCUCAUAAAAAGAAUUCCUAACAAUAAAGACAAAGUUGUUAACACGCGAGGCUUUUUGUUUGGACGCUGUGCAUUCAAGGGGACGCGUGUUUGAUCCUCUACUAUAGAGUCAGGAAAUUAAAAAGUGUUUGGUAGUUUAGCAGUAGUGAUGUAAGUAAUAAAAUUCUGGUAUCGGCGAUACCGAUCUGAUACCAAUACUUUGCAAAUUCACCUAAUGUGUCUGGUAAAUCUGGUAAAAAGUAACGUAUUUCCAAUUAUUGCAUAAAGAAUAAAAGAUAUUUCAUUAAUUUAUUAAUAUGAGCAUACCUCCACGCUGCGCUUGCGCUGCUCUUG